UAACAAGUCAUAAAAUUCUUCAACCACAAUGACAUUGGAAUUAAUAAAAUAAAAUUUAAUUUAAAAAAUUACUAUAAAAUUACAAGUUAAAUUUAUUAUUUUGCGACAGCAACAUUUUUCACUAAGAACAAUCCUAGAAUAAGAAUAAAGAUGGCCUUGCGUAUGAUAAACGUAUCCAGAAAGAUGAGGUCUUUGCUGGUAGAUAUGGCAAAAUUGGCUUGUAUAACAGAUGUACCCACAGUUCGCUGGUAUUCAAAGGAAGGCGAUGAUAGCUGUAGAAGAGCAUUAGCAGACAUUCCACCUGAAACGGAUCCUAAGUGUCCACACGCAUCUGAAAGGAAGAAAAAGAAAAAGGUUGGAUUUCUUCAUAGAAUCAAAAUGAAAGUUAUUGAAGGAGGUACCAAUUUUGGAACACCAUUUCGGAAAAUACAGUGCAGUGCAUUAAAACAAAAAGAAAAAGAGAAAGAGGAAGAAGAACAGCCAGAACCACCGAAAGCAUUGCCGGCUCCAGUAAAGCCGGUGCCAACAUUGCCUCCAGUGCGACCAGGGGUCCAAGUCUCCAUCCUUGGUGCUGACACGUCCAUUGGGCAAUAUGUGGCUUUGUUACUGAAACAGUGCCCUUGUAUCAAGAAGCUACGUUUAUACGAAGCGAAGGACACUCAGUGUUCAUGUUGCAACAGAGACCUGCAGAAGGUCGUUCAGGAUCUGCAGCAUAUUGAUACCAAUUGCCGAGUGCAAGCGUUCAGCUGCGCUUGCUUUGAGUUGGAGCGUUGCUUGCAGAAUACGGACAUUGUGCUGAUGCUGGAGAGCGGCUACGUGAACGUGGACAUGCCACCGGAGCGCCGGUUCAACUAUCAGGCGCCGAUAGUGAAGCGGUACGCGACUGCGAUUGCGCACGAGUGCCCCAGAGCAUUCAUUAUUGUAUGCGCGACGCCCAUAGAGUGCAUGGUGCCUUUAGUCGCUGAGACAUUGAAAGAGACUAAUUGGUACGAUCCUCGAAAACUGAUGGGGUCGCUGGCGGUCCCAGAGAUGCGAGCCAGCACCCUGGCGGCUCGUGCGCUUUGCCUUGAGCCCCGGUACACCAGGGUACCUUGCGUCGGCGGCACUGAAGGAGAAUCUCUAGUACCACUAUUUUCUAAGGCGGUAGAAUUCUUCGACUUUGCGAAGAAUAAUGCAGAAAUGAUGACAACUACCCUUCGUACGGCGUCGUCUGCGAUAGCAAGGACUGAAGGUAGAUGCAUCCUCGGAGGCGACCUGAGCGAAGCCCACGCCUUAGCUGGACUAGUUUCAAAAGUAGCUUAUGCUCUUUUAUGUCAAGAUUUGCCAAAGGUCACAGGUUUCGUUGAAACAGAUUCUUCGCAGGUCAUUUCUCCAGUCAGCUACCUCGCUAUCGACGUGAUCCUGAACCGCAAGGGGAUCUGCAAGAGGAACGAUUUCCCCUUCAUGAACGCGAUGGAGAAGGACCUGAUGGAUAUAGCCCUACAGCAACUCGAAAGCAACGUGAAGAUGGCUAUGAAGUGGUACUAUGCGGCAAUGGUGACCGACUGCGAAAGACAACAGAUGGGCAUGCAGAAGUUUUUCCACGUUCCGAAGAAAUAUGCCCAUGUUGAAAGCUGCAUGUCUCAUGCGAUCUAACUUAACAUUGCUGCUGUAAUCGUAGUGUCUUUCAUAAUGAAUCUAGUGGAGUCAAAACUAAUGUUUAAAACAAGCAAAAAAUAGCUAAAUGUAACUGUCUAAAUCACAUAAAAAUAAGCAAAACUUUAUUACUUUUUCAAGAUUUCCAAGACACUUGAAUCUGUUUUAAAGUGACAUGUAGCUAGUAGUACUGUCUCAGGUAUUGUUCUCAGUGAUUGGCGUUGCAGUCUGUAAAAUAUUUGCAAAAAAAUUGCAACAAUAUAGCGGUCAUGUGUAAAAUUAAAAAAUAAAACAUGUUUUUACAAGUAAA